GUAGGGAAUCAAUUGGAAAAUCAAUCAAUAUUUGAGAAAUCUCAAUAGACUUUAAAGGAAAUUUAGAUCGUUCUCGAAUAUAGAAGAACAAUUACGUUCAAAGUUUUCAGCUUCCUAUAUGAAGAAUGUUGGGACGAUUUUUUCCGAAGUCUAACGUAGAUUACCCUGAUGCAGUUGGCUUUAAUUUUUAAAAUAUAAGACAAACGAUGAGGAAAUAGUCUUAGAAUCUUUGUGGGGAUAACAGAUCAUUGCUUUGUGGGGAUAAUAGAUACGAAAUAUUUGUGGUACAUGAGAACGUUAAAGAGUUACGAGACAAUACAAGCCAAAACAAAUUUAAAUAGCUAGAAAAUAGGCAUCCCAAUGGAACUAGACUGCAAGCUUACAAAAAUUAUACAAAUACCUAUGUAUGUGGAAGCAUGCCAAAACUGUUCUUUUGUAAAGAUAAACAUUUCGAUUCCCUCAAAAUUAUUUAGACUAAUUGUUUUCUAAAUCCUAUAAGAAUGACAACUUAUUGAAAGCUGUACACUUUUCAAUUAGUUAUAAAAAAAGCUUCGGUGGGUCGCUUUUAAAUAUAUAUACAUAUAUCUGUAUGAUAUGCAUUUGGUCGCGUGGCGUUGAUGAUUAUGUUGAAUAAAAGGGCAAAGGGAAAAUAAAUAUACCUACAAACAUACAUACUUACAUACAUGGAUUUAUUGGUAAAGUAUUGCAGCUGCUACCACACUACUACACUCUGUCAUACAUAACGUUUGAUAACCGGCAACAACUGAAAAUGCUGUUUGCUGUUGCGAUCAACAAGGGUUGUUUUAAAAGGAAAACAAAAAGUGAACAAAAAAUGCGAAUGAAUUGAACUGAAUUGAACAUAUUGCUUAUGAAACAGCAACCAACCACUAACUUAUUUACAGAUCUACUGUUGCUGCAUAAACGUUGCUCCACAGCCAGCUAGCGCACCAAAAAACAACAAAACAAAAUCAUGAAGAUACAACACACAACUACGGCCAUAACGAAUAUGAACAGCUGUCUCAGCUGUUUUUGUUGAAUGAAAGGUAUCUAAACGAUGAAAAUAGUAUGUGUACAGGGAAUAAUGAGGGGAUGAGAUAGUUGUCAGUCACCCUUAUGUUAUGAAUUGGUUUUUUUUUUUACUCAAUGUUAGUGCAAGUUUAAGGGUUCAAAUUAGAGAUAGAGUUUUUGUAACUGAACAUAAUGUGCACUGUCAGUCAGUCGGUUUUCGGAUGAGCUCUAGUGCACAACGUUGCGCAGCAAAGUAAAAAAACAAGUAUCAGCAAGUGAUCAUUAAAAAUAUAGACUGAUCAAGCGAAUAUCUAAACGAAAAUGUCGGGUAAAUUAAUAAUGAAACGUAAAUUGGAUAAAACACAUCAAUCGUCUCUUAAUAAUAAAGUGGAAAUAGAAGAAUCAGUUUCAUCAUCAACAUCGUCUUCUUCUACGCCCUCCUCAUCUUCUAAUGGCACAACAGAGAAACCUAAAAAUCCAACUAAUAGAAAUGAAGAAGAAUCUUCUGUUAGACAACCACAAAGUAAACGUUUACGCUGUGAUACACCACCGCCAGAACCAGAAGAUUUAAAUUUACCACCCUUACCUUUAGUUAACGAACAAAAUCGCCAUUUACUCCAGGCCAUACAAUUGAAAAUGUUGGAAUUACAAAAUGAAUUAGAAGCAUUCGAACAUGAUGUUGAAGCUCAUGAAGAAGAUUACUAUUAUCUUAACGAUCACCAGGAUCUCGAUAAUCGUCAGAAUAAUCAAAUGUCUGAACAAGAAGCUGAAGCUUUAGGUUUCGCUAUGUGUGCUCAAGAAACAAUGUUGUUUCUGCAAAGGGAAGGCGUAUCCUCGGAUAGUUUACUCUAUACACGUCUACGUGAUGCUUUAGUGGGACGUUCACAGCCCGAUCGUGUAGUUCAUCUAUGAGGAAAUAAGGAUAUGUGCAAAUGUUUACGUUGCCCAGUGUUUUUUUCCAAAACGUCUAGUCAUUGUUUUAGAAAUGUUUCUGUGAAACACAAAAAAAAGUAAUUUUAGUUUUUAAAAGAAAAAUCUAGUCAUGUUUUUUCCAUUAAGUUAAACUUAAGAAUGAAAUCGCAUAAAGUAUGUAAUAAAAAUUUGAUUUAAGAUAAUUUAUAAUAUAAUUUUAUAAAUAAAUGUAAAAAAUUUAAAGGAAGACUUAAAAA